UCAAGCCAGGUUUAUUAUAACUGAAGUUGUAAGCCAAACUCGGUAUAAAAAACUUCCAUAUUCGAACAUGAAGAUGACAUGCUUAUCUUAAUGGAUGUUUAUCAGAUUUUAUCCAACUCCAGUUUUGAGCCUGGAUUAUCCUCGAUCAUUUGAAUGGUGGUUGCUCAAGGUAUGGAGGGAGAGAGAGAGGGUAAAACAAUGGCGGCUCUGCGGCCACGUUCUAGGCAAUGGACAGCUAAGGUACGGGGCGGUAGUUCUUCUAACUCAAAAAGUUUGCGUUCGACGGAUGUCUCUGAUCCUUCACUCGUUGUGCCUAUUCGGUCUAAUGCUAAACCCAAGUUCACAACUAAAGACCGCCAUGAUUAUGUGAGGCCAUAUGCAAUGGAUGCCAUAAGUGUCUAUAACGAACGAGCAGGUACAAAAUAUGAGCUGGUGGAGCCUGGUAACAUUACAACUGUGCUUCUUUCGAGACGCCGUCUUCACCAUAUCGACUUCACGGCUAAAAAGACUGAUGUUGCUGAUGCUCCAGUGGAGAUGUUUUUUGCUGAACUGAUAACUCUCAACAAGGUUCGCUCCGUCGAGUGCUGCAGAUGCAUGGGGCCAAAAAAAUCAAUUUCUGGUUUGUAUUUUACAUGUAGAUGUGGACUCGUUCAUCUCUUACUGCUAGUGUUAGGUGCAUUGUUUUGCUUGCUAAUUGAUUUGUUUGUCAAUCGGAGAUCACUAUUAUGAUCUAUGACUGCUUGUGUUGGCAACUCUAUAAAUUCGUCUUGCAGGAGAUUAAAACAAUGGAUGCUGUUAUUGUAUGGAUUACAAUGUUCAGCAUCCCAGGGGUGGAGGAUUCAUGGAUGGCAGUACUGGAUUAUUCACUGGUGAAUGAAAACUAUAAUUCCUUGGCCUGAUGGCAGUGAAUUUUAAUGAACACAACUGGGUCAGUUGUGUGUGUUUGAAACUUAAUUUAGAGUAGGACUAUGUUUGAGCAUGCGUAGUUUGCCUUUCAAUAGUUGUCUAAUGAAAAUCUGGCCUGUACUGGUGGUGAUAUCGUGACAUAUUUAAAAGUUUGUGAGCAUCUUAAGAUGACAUAAUACUAUGGUUUGACUUUUUUUACACCCCUAUGUGGGCUAAUGUCUGUCUUGCAUC